AUGGCCGACAAACCUUCCAUAUACAUUGACGAGGAGAAGGGCAUUGACGCCGAGUCUGCCUCAGGCACCGAACAAGCUCCCUACAAGUCCGUCCAGCACGCUUUCCUCCAGCACGGCGAUGCCGCCCAGUACCAAGUCCGCAAGAGCGCAGAGGACCCCGAAUGGAAGCCCGCCGCAAAGGCCGCCCUGAAGAAGGCCGCCAACUACGCCGACGCCCAGAAGAAGAAGGCCGCAAAGGAAAAGGACCUCGUCAUCCGCCAGCAAAAGGAGGAAGAGGACCGCCAGAAGGUGCUCGACGAGGCCAAGAAGAUUGUCAUCAAGGAGGACACCUCUCUUCCCGAGGCAAAGAAGAUGAAGCUCGACAACAAGGCUGUCCAGCUCCGUGGCAACGGUGUCGAGAAGGGCACUCGCGUCCGCGUCUUUGGUCGCGUUCACCGCUACCGCCAGCAGAAGGGUCUCGUCUUCAUCACCCUCCGUGAUGGCUACGGCUUCAUGCAGUGCAUUCUCCAGGGCGACCUCGCAAAGUCCUACGAUGCCAUCACUCUUGCCCGCGAGAGCAGCAUGGAGAUUGUCGGUGAACUCGCACAGGUCCCUGAGGGUGCCCACGCUCCUGACAACCGUGAACUCCACGCCGACUACUUCAAGGUCCUCUUCAAGGCCCCCGGUGGUGACGAGGCCAUCACCAACAAGGUCCAGGCCAAGGGUGACGCGCAGACUCUUCUCGACCUCCGCCAUCUCACUCUCCGUGGUGAAGUCGCUUCCAACGUCAUGUUUGUCCGCGACGCCGUCGAGUAUGCCUUCCACCAAGUCUACAAGGAGGUCCGCUGCCGCAAGGUCUCGCCCCCUGCUCUCGUCCAGACCCAGGUCGAAGGUGGAGCCACCCUCUUCAAGUUCGACUACUACGGCGAACCCGCCUUCCUCACCCAAUCCUCCCAACUCUACCUCGAGACCGUCAUCCCCUCCAUGGGCGACGUCUACUGCAUCGAAAAGUCGUUCCGCGCCGAGAAGUCCCUCACCCGCCGCCAUCUCUCAGAGUACACACACGUCGAAGCCGAACUCGACUUUAUCACUUUCGACGACCUCCUCGUCCACCUGGAAGAAGUCAUGUGCCGCGUCAUCGAAGUCACCAUGAGCGACCCUAAGAUUGCCGCCAUCAUCAAAGACCUCAACCCUGACUUCCAAAUGCCCCAACGCCCCUUUAUGCGCAUGAAGUACGCCGAAGCCAUCGACUGGCUCGUCGAACACAACAUCCCCAACGAAGAAGACCAACCCCACAAAUUCGGCGACGACAUUGCAGAGGCCGCAGAGCGCAGAAUGACAGACAUCAUCAACAAGCCCAUCUUCUUGACCCACUUCCCCGUCGAGAUCAAGGCUUUCUACAUGCAAAAGGAUCCUCAGGAUAAGCGUGUCACUGAAUCUGUGGAUUGCUUGAUGCCCGGUGUCGGAGAGAUUGUGGGUGGAAGUAUGAGAAUGGAUGAUUAUGAUGAGUUGAUGGCUGCCUAUGAGCGCGAGGGCAUCGAUCCCAAGCCUUACUACUGGUACACUGAUCAACGCAGAUACGGUUCUUCCCCCCACGGUGGCUACGGUCUCGGUCUCGAGCGCUUCCUCGCUUGGUUGUGCAAACAGCACACCGUCCGUGACACUUGCCUCUACCCUCGCUACAUGGGCCGUUGCACUCCCUAG